CUCUUCUCUUUUCUUUCUUGCUGUCUUCGCUGAGUCGCUUCGCAAACAUUCUCGUUCCCUUCUUGGGCUUGCCACCCCUCGUUCCCCGCCAAUCCUCAGCGCACAAUGAGCGCCAUUCUUUCCGCCGAUGACCUGAACGAUUUUAUCUCGCCGGGUGUCGCGUGCAUAAAGCCUAUUGAGACGCUGCCGGCGCAGCAAGAAGAGACGCUGAAUGCCUACGAAGUCACCACCGAGGAGAAGGCUGCUGCCUCACAGCCGCCGCCGCCCGCUUCCAUAUCGCUGACAGAUUGUCUUGCUUGUUCGGGCUGUGUAACGAGCGCGGAAGCGGUACUGGUUUCGCUGCAAUCGCAUACUGAAGUCCUGACGACGCUUGAUACGUACCGAUCGCUGCGCGCGCCAUGGCUGGCACAGAAUGGGACGAACGGCGUCGCCAACGGACACGCAAGCGGUGGCGCAAACGGUGCGGUGAACGGGAGCAAGUCCGAGGGAAAGCUGUUCGUGGCAAGCGUCUCGCCGCAGACACGCGCAAGCCUGGCAGCCGUCUUCAAUGUUUCCGAAGUAGAGGCUGGGAAUAUGAUUUCUCAGCUCCUCAGCGGUCCAAGCGGCUUGAGAUCUGGCGGCCACCAGGGAAGCGACUUUACAUGGGUCAUUGAUAUCAACGCAAUGCGAGAAGCUUGUCUUGUAGCAGCCGCAGACGAGGUUACCAAUGCGCUUUCACCCGCCGCGGUAAAGGCAUUGCCAAAACCUGGCUCUGAAGGCGCGAUUGAUACUAUACCAAAGGCACCUAUCCUCACAUCUGCAUGUCCUGGCUGGAUAUGCUAUGCUGAAAAGACGCAUCCAUACGUUCUGCCGCACCUGUCGCGCCUCAAGUCGCCACAAGCGCUUACCGGUACAUUGAUCAAAUCAGUCCUCAGCGAGCGCUACAAUGUACCUCCGUCACAAAUAUGGCAUCUCGCAAUCAUGCCCUGUUUUGACAAGAAGCUUGAAGCCAGUCGCAGUGAGCUCACAUCUGCUGCCUGGUUACCAAGCUACAACCAGUCCGAGGAGAAGAUACGAGACACCGACUGUGUUAUUACUGCUCGUGAACUACUACACCUAGCCGCCGCCCGUGGCAUCAACUUUGCCAGUCUUCCUCGGACCCCAAUUUCUUCAUCAGACCGAACGCCAUUCCCAGACCCAAAACUGGACGCUUUUCUAUUCCCGUCUUCACGCCGGAAGAACCAGAGUGUUGUUGCCGGGCCCUCUGGCGGAUACCUGUAUCACAUUCUACAGACAUACCAGGUACGAAACCCAGGAUCAUCCAUAUCAGUAACAAGAGGCCGGAAUUCCGAUGUAGUCGAAUACUCCGUGGUGCAGGGCUCAGAAACCAUUAUCAAAGCAGCGCGGUUCUACGGUUUCCGCAAUAUCCAAAACUUGGUUCGGCGGUUGAAGCCAGCAAGAGCAAGCAGGUUACCAGGUGGCAAGACGGGUGUCAGCCGGAAGCCAGGCGGAGCCAGUGCAGCCGGUGAAGGUGUUAAAGACUACGCAUAUGUAGAAGUCAUGGCCUGCCCAGGCGGAUGCACAAAUGGAGGAGGACAAGUCAAAGUCCAAGAAGUCGAAGAGGUGCGCGUAUACGAGGGCAUUCAAAAAGCAAACGAAGAUGCACCAGCACCAAAGCCAGGCCCAAAGGAACAAAAAGAGUGGCUGGCCAGAGUCGACGAAGCUUACUUUUCAGCUACGGAUUCUGAAGAUGAAAAGACCGAUAGCAGUGGUGAUCAUACUACUACCACUACCACUACCACUACCACCACUACUACCAACGGCCACCACGCCCCCGAAGACAUGAUCGACGGCAUAUCAAGAAGCCACAUGAAAGACAUGAUGGCGCACUGGUCCCAAAUCACGGGUGUAGAGCAGCAAAAACUCAUUUAUACCUCGUACAUCAAAGUCGAGAGCGACGUCGGCAAGAAGAAGAAGCAGAGCGAUAUGGAAAGAGUAGCUGGUCUGGCUGUUACGGUUGGUGGUGGGUGGUAGUUUUGAUGUAUGACUUUUUUUUCUUGCUUCUCGCUGCAAUGAUCAAGCAUGUAUGGGGCGUUUAUAUAUAGAUUAUUGGUAUAUACGAUAUAUAGCAUGUAGCAUUUAU